AUGGCCCAUCUUGUAGAAGAAGCUGUAAUAAAGCAUGCAGAUAUGGCUGAAGAAAUGCAACAACAUGCAGUGGACUGUGCAGCAUAUGCAUUCAAAGAGAAACGUUAUUUAAAGGAUGUAGCAUCAAUAAUCAAAAAUGAAUUUGACGUAAUGUAUAACCCAACCUGGCACUGAAUUGUCGGAAGAUCUUUCGGCUCAGAAGUGACGCAUACCCUAAAGCACUUUGUAUAUUUUUAUUGGGGAGAAGUAGGAGUUUUAUUGUUCAAGACAGGAUAA